AUGGCGGCUUCCGACGCCCGCAAAAAAACUUUGUUUGAUGAUAGCGACGAUGAAUCAGACGGAGGUGUUAAGCUACAAAUCAAUUCUGAGUAUGCGAAAAGAUUUGAGCAUAAUAAGAAACGAGAGGAAUUGCAUAGACUGGAAGAGAAGUACAAGUCCAAGCAGGCCAACGGGAAUAAAUCGAAAGAUGAUGAUGGAUCCGAUUCCUCCUCAGAUGAGGAAGAAGAUGAAAAUGGCUUCUUAGCGACAGAAGACCUUGAUGCCGAGAUAUCUGCCACGCUUCAAGCAAUCAAGAAUAGGGAUCCUCGUGUAUACGAUGGCAAGACCAAGUUCUACAGGCCGAUCGAAGAAAGUGCUACCACGGAAGACGUAACAGUAAAGCAGAAAAAAGAGAAACCCGUUUUCCUACAAGAUUACCACCGAGAAAAAAUUCUACGCGGAGAUACCGGAGCCGAUUUUGAAGAUGAGCAAAGGCCCCCGCAGACCUACGCGCAAGAGCAGGAUAACUUGAAGCAAUCUAUCAAGGAUGAAAUCAAAGCGCAACUAGGCGCGGAAGAUGACGCCGAGGAUAGCGACAGCGAUGAGGACUUCAUCAAGGCUAAAGAAGGGACUAGAUCCAUUCCUGAGCAGGGUAUCCAUCCGUCUAGGGCUAGCAAGAUCAAAGCUCCAAAGCCUGAGCUUGAAGAUGCGGACAAAAAUCCGGAGCUUUUCCUAUCAAAUUUCAUGGCCGCCCGCGCUUGGGUUGAAGAAGAAGAAGAGAAUAAUUGGAAGGCAUUCGAAUCCGACGACGGCGAAGACGACAAAGCAGAUGAGUGGGAAACCGCGUAUAAUCUGCGCUUCGAGGACCCUAAUAAGAGCAAUGAAGUUUUGAAGUCAUAUGCUCGUGAUGUUGUUGCAGCGCGCUCAGUCCGACGAGAAGACAAGAGUAUGCGCAAGCGUCAACGAGAAAUAGAGCGCGAGAAGAAGGAAGAAGAGAAACAAAAAAGGAAAGAAGAAAGAGCACGACUACGUCGCCUUAAACUAGACGAAGCCGAGGAAAAAUUAAAGAAGAUCAAGAAGGCUGCAGGCUUAUCCGGCAAGACAUUAAAGGACGAGGAAUGGCAGAAGCUGCUUGAAGAUGCCUGGGAAGACGGCAAAUGGGAAGAACAACUGAAGAAGAUGUUCGACGACCAGUAUUAUGCCGCAGCCGAGGAGAAUGUGUCUGAUGAUGAGGACGAUGAGGAAACCGACGGCAAGAAGUCAAAGAAGAUAAAAAAGCCUAAAUGGGACGACGAUAUCGACAUCAAGGAUCUCAUUCCAGAUUUCGAUGAUGGGGAACGCCCUAAUAUUACUCUUACCGAUAACGAACAUGAUGAGGUAGACGAAAACGGAGACGAAGAUGAAGAUGAAGAUGCACCUUCGGCUAAGCGACAGAAGACUACUAAACAACGCAAGCGAGAAAAGCUCGAAAGUCAGAAAGAAGUACGACAAGAGCGAGCUAAGCUCGAGGCGUUCGUCGACGCGAAGAUGGAAAUUGAUGAUCCGGAGAUCCUCGCCGGCAGCUCGUCGAGGGAUAACGGACCGUCGCGUUUCUCUUACCGUGAGACACGGCCUGAAUCCUUCGGCCUCACUACGCGCGAUAUCCUCAUGGCGUCUGACGCCGAUCUCAACGAAUUCGCUGGCCUGAAGAAGCUAGCGCAUUUCCGACCGCAGGACAAGCAGAGCAAAGACCGCAAGCGACUCGGCAAGAAAGCUCGUCUAAGGCAGUGGCGCAAGGAGACAUUCGGCCCCGAGUUCGAGAGGGAGCCUCCCGCCUUCAAUCCCGGCGGCUUUGUGGAAGGUGAUGAGAAACCGAAAUUCGUGGCGGAACCCGGAACUGGUAAUAAUAUAAUCGAGGGCGGUUCCAAGAAGAAGCGCAAGCGGUCUAGGGCCAAGAAGAGCGCGAAGCAUGGAGAGGAAGACGAGGCGGAAACAGUGGCUGCGGCGUAG